AUGAGGGUAAGAAAGUCUGUUCUUCUGGCUUUUAUAAUUGCUAAUUUCAUUGCCUUGUAUCUUGGUCUAGCUGAGAUCUCUCUACCAAAUGACAAAUUACUACAUUUUGUAGUCUUUUUCAUUUUAACUUCCCUAUUUUAUUGGACAAUUGAUACAAAUUCCACAAAAAAGUUGAGAUUGGUGACUUUUGUAUCUUGUUCAAUUACUGCCAGCAUUUUGUCUGAAUUUUUCCAAAAUAUCAUUUCCUCAACUAGAAAAUUCGAUAUUAAUGAUAUUCUCUUCAAUUUUCUAGGCUCAACUUUGUCACUAUUAAUUUCAACUUUUUUGCAUAAAAAAUUGAUUCAAAAAAAAAGACUGGACAGAAUUGAUCAAUUACAUCAAUAUGGUAGAGAACAUGACUUCAGACAACAGCUAAUUCAAAAUGGUGAAUAUUUCAAUGAUAAUGCCAGCAUAAUAACUCAAACUAUUGACGUUGAUGAAUUGAUAUACGGUCCAAAGCCAAAUAAUAACAAUAAUAAUAAUAAUGAUAAUAAUAAUGAUAAUAAUAGUAAUAAUAAAAUUAAAAAUAAUAUAGAUUUGGAAAUCGGUAUCCCAAAUCUUGAUGGGAAAAAAAUUAUUACCAAUAAUAAUAAUAAUCUUUUGGCGGUUGGAAUUACUCCAACUUCUAGUUGUCAAUCCUCAAUAAAUUCAACUGAUAAUCAUAAUGAAAGCACUUCUGCUAAUAAAAAUGAUAAUAAUAAUAAUAAAGAUAGUAGAAAACUAGAAAGUGGUAUUGAUAAUAACAUAAUAACCAGCAAUGAAAGCAAUAACUCGACCAAUAUAGAACUAUCUGAUUUACCUUCAACCACUCUUCCAUUGUCAACGAAUACCACAUCAGGUAAUGGAGCUUUUAAAGAAUAA